GAAUGUACUCAAUGCUUGCUACUGAAAGUUGUGCAACUAUUGGACUCUACUAAAUAAUGACCUACUACGAGUUCAACCCGUUUACUGGACGCUUGAAAGAAUCUACAAGAUUUCAACCAUAUUAUCCAUUAAAACCUAGUGCAUUAAAUACAGCGGAACAAAAAUUAAUUUGGGAUAUAAUGACAACCAAACCAGCAGAAGUUAAGUCAUCGGCUUCAGUUGGUACCUCAACUGUUGAUCCUAAACUUCUUGCAAAAUAUAAAUUUUUCCAGAAAGAUAUCCACAAACCAGUUUAUUUAAUGGGAGGAACAAAAGACAGAAUACUGUUUGGCAUAACAAUUGCUCUAACAGGUUUGAUUAGUGCUGAUGUAGCAAGAUUUUUGUAUGACAUUAUAAAAAAGUAAAGUAUUAAAUAAAUGUAUGUAAUGUAGAGAUAUAGAAAAAAAAUGUAAUACAUACUAUGCACAUUGUUAUGUAUUGAAUAUAAAGUAAAAUAAAUAAUACAGUUAAAGAUUUGUACAACUA